AUGUCCAACCUGCUCACCCUCGGCGACGCGACGCUGCGCACGGACGACCUCGCGCUCCUCGUCCCGCCGGCCUGGCUGAACGACGCCCUCAUCUCCUUCUGGCUCGAGCAUCUCACGGCCCACGUCCUCCCGCCGGACGCGCGCGCCGUCCUGCUCCCGCCGAACCUCGCCUUCUUCCUCGCCCUCUGCAACGGUCCGUACGCCCUCCCCCGCGCUGCGCUAGGUAUCCUCGGCAACCCCUUACGCCCGCCUGCACCGACGUGCAACACGCCGACGCGCGCGGCAUCCUGCGCGACGUGUCGCUCGGCGACGCCGAGCUCGCGCUCCUGCCGGUCAACGACAGCCUCGCGCGCGACCCGUCCGCCGUGGCGGCGCCCAGCGGCACGCACUGGAGCCUCCUGGUGCUGGAGCGGUGCACGGGGACGUUCUUCCACCUCGACUCGCUCGCGGGUUGCGCCAACAGCCCGUUCGCCGCCGCGCUCGCCGCAAAGCUGCAGCGCCUCAUGCAGCUGCCAAGCGCGCCCUGCGUCCCCCUCAACGUUCCGCUGCAGCAGAACAGCUACGACUGUGGCGCUUACCUGUGCAUCUUCGCAGAGGACGUGGUGCGCCAACAUAUGGACAACAGCCGCAUCGCGGACUUGUACAUUGAUGCUGUGCCGCCGUCACCCGCGGAUGUCGAGGCGAAGCGGCAGGAGAUCGGUAAGCUUGUGUGCCGCCUCGUCGACGAGCGCCAGCGGCGGGAAGCGGGCGAAAGGGCUUCGAGGGCACGGGAGUAACACACGAGCGGUGGCGCUCAAGGCUUUGGCUAGUUUUACGAAAGACGUUCACCAGAAUCCGGACGCAACGGCGACUAAAUCCGACUCCACAAACACUCCUCCGCCUUGUAAAUACACCCGCCCUUCCCCCGUAUCUAGACUUGGCUCCCACCGGGCGCCACUUCCCCAUCGCGAGGCAGCUUUACAAAAAAUAAACCUCUCUCCGCUACCGUCACCCCCCGGGGUUUCGCCGCCGCCCACUUUCUUCCACCUCCUCGUCAAUCUCCGAUGCAAAAAUGACCGCUUCCAAGUUGGCCGGCCCGUACACUGACUUGCGCGAGUAGCCGAGCCACUGGUCCCUCGACGCCAUGAAUGCACGCUCCGUAUCCUCGACGCUAGGUUUCCUCCGAAACGCGGCGGCUUCCGCUGGCUUCCCCCUCUGCGCG